AUAGUUUUGAAGUAAAAGGUAGUACUAAUAAAAGGAGUUGCUAAACCAAAAUUGUAUUUCCUGCAUAUAACAUUGUCUCCUUUUUGUGAGAGGGAGCAGUCGAAACAAAAAUUGAAAGCGGAAGGAUAAGACCAGACAGGAUUAUAGUGACUAAUUAUAUCAAUCAAUCGAUUGCCAAUCGAAUCAAUUCUACAUCAAUCAUGUUACAAAUAGAACCAAAUAACUUAUUGGUGCAAAAGACUUUGACUGAGAGGAUUUUCCCCGACUCAGAAUCAUUAAGAUCGGUGGAUAGAAUCAUUACUGAUUUUGAUUUUACAACAUAUCAUAUUUCAACUUUACCUGAUCAAAAGAACUUAUUAUUGAUUUCAAUUUAUUUAAAAUGUUUUGGAGAUUUAACUAAGUAUGGUGUGAUUGAUUAUUUGAAUGGGAAAUAUGCUAAAUAUAGUCAAUAUUUAUCUGUAUUACUGGGUAAUGAUGUUGAACAAGGAUAUGAUUAUUCAUUAGUAUUAGAUCUUAAUGAACUUGAAUCAAUUGAUGACGAAGGAAAGAAUGAUGUGAUUAAUGAAUUAUCAUUCUUAAAAAGACAUGCUAUGGCUGCUCCAUUUGAAAAAGCUUUUGCUAGAUAUGAUGAAUUAACCCAAACUUAUGCUAAUAGUAAUACAUAUUCUGAAGAAGUUCAACAAGAAUUACAAAAUGAAGAAGUAUUAGUGAUUAAAUAUCGUGGAUCUGAUGAAUGUAUUUAUAUUAAACCAUCAUUUGAUAGAGUGACUGUUAUAUUUAGUACUGUUUUCCAAGAUGAAACUGAUAAAAUCUUUGGUAAGGUUUUCUUACAAGAAUUUGUUGAUGCUAGAAAGAGAUCAGUUCAAACUGCUCCUCAAGUGUUAUAUUCUCAUAAGGAAGCUCCAUUAGAUAUUCAAAAUUAUGUUCAAGGUAAAAAGGAUGAUGAAAAUAAAGGGUAUAUUACUUUUGUAUUAUUUCCAAGACAUCUUGUAAAGGGUGAUAGAAGAGAUAAUUGUAUUUCUCAUAUUCAAUUUUUUAGAAAUUAUUUCCAUUAUCAUAUUAAAUGUUCUAAAGCAUAUAUGCAUUCACGUAUGAGAUUUAGAGUUAAAGAAUUCUUAAAGAUAUUGAAUAGAGCUAAACCUGAAAAUGUUGAUGAUGAAGGUAAAGCUAUUGAAAAUAGAAAGACUGCUAGUGGUAGAAGAUUUGAUGUAGGUAGAGUUUAGUUUUACAUAUAAAAGAAUAAAAAUACAUUAUGAAAUUUAUUAUUAUCAUUAUUUA